GUCGUCAGUCUGUAUUGAACUUUGCGGGGGUGGGCUGCGCGAAACCGGCCAAAUCCCGUGGGCGACAAGAAGUGAUGACAACGGGGCCCAGCUCAGAAGCGACAUGUUGAGGGCAAGGCAUGGGAAACUGCCUUUCCACAUGUGCCAAAAGUUCAGAAACAUCGCAGGGAGCUACUGCACAGACUGGGGAAGUGAUCGAGCUGAAUACAACAGAGGUUCAGGUGGUGGGGGAAGACAAGGUGCGGGAGUUGGUUCAGCAGGAGUUGCGAGCUCUUCAACAUCAGAUAUCUCACAGCCAGGCAGUGCUAGCUAAACUUCAUUUCAGAUUCUCUGAUGAGAUAAUAAGUGAUACUACCUCAGACCUCGCAAAGGUUCACCGGACCACUCAAACUUCCAACCCUGAUAACCUACCAAAAUCCUUGGAAUGUGUGGCAGUGGGUCUAGACAAGGGUUGGGAACAGAUUACCUCCUCCUGCCCCGCCAUUGUCAACAUCGCUGUACAAACUGAUGAUGAAACUACAAGUAAAUCAAAUGGAACGUCUGGAGACUACUUUCUUCCUCCAAUCAGUCCCUUGGGAUCUCAGAUCAGCGAGUCUGAGUGUGCAGGAAAUGGAGAAGAUGUUGCUUCUAAACUUUAUGAGCCUCGUCCCCUGGGUCAUAUGGAUCUUGAUAUCUACAGGUCAUGUCGCAAGUUGUCAGUGUUGCCGGAGGAAGAGGUGGUGCCAGAUGAGUUUUCCCCACCGUCAGCUGGUUGCCGCCUCGCUGCCUCCCCCCACUACCCUCACCAGGCUCACUCAUUCGAGUCCUACCUCCUCCCCGUGUCCAGCCCUAGUGUGCGCCGCCAGCUGUCCGACCCCACCCCUAGCCCAGACAUCCACCCUGCGUCUCGCCGCAGUAGUCGCUCAACCAGCCGACCGCUUCAACUGCAGCCUGAAAUUUUCCGAUUUCCAGACAUCAAACCUGAAAGUCCAUCCAAAGAAGCGGCUCCUAAAAGCCCACCUUGUGUCAAGUUUCAAAAUCCUUUGGAGAACAUCAAAGAGGAUUUCCCAAGAAUCACCUCUCCCACUUACAACAUUCUCCAGGAUACUGUGUCUCAUCUCAUCACUAUGUCAAAUGAAUACCUAGACACACAGCCAGAAGAUGUUAGUGGGAACAAGAAGGAUUCCUUGACUAUUCCUGGAUAUUAUACAUUCACCCCGGAUGGCUCAACACCCUACAAAACUCCUCCUGACAAUUCUGUUUUGAGUACUCCAGGAUUUUUCACGCCUCAAGAAACUUCAGAGAGAAGACCCUCUGAUUCAAUAGCGUCUUCGUGUUUCCACACCCCCGCUAGUGCGUCCCCUGUAACAAACCCUACUGAAUCCAGCAAGUCAACUUCCAGCAAUGGAAACUCAGCACAUUACAAAACCCCUCCAGACGUCAGCCAAGGGACUUCUUACCAAUCCUCCUACAGCAGUCCACUUUACAUGUCUCCUCUCGCUGCUAAACGAGCCAUAUCAAAGCAAAACAACGAAAACAACUUUACAGAGGUGCCGGAUUUGAAAAAUAUACGCACAAGUACACUCUACGUUAAGCCUUUGCCAGGUGAUUUCGAUCCGAAUCGCACAAUGCUGUCCAUUUUGUUAGACGAACCAAGGGUCCAAAAAGACAAUACAAAUUCUGAAGCAGAGGAAAUUGCGAUGCCUUUUAUCUCUUUCACUUCUCUUGACAUCCAGUUCCCCUCCCCUGAAGUGCCUUCGUCAUGUGUAAGCCCAACGGAUACCUCGCUCAGCCCGACGUCAGAAGGUCUCGCUCGCACACCCUCGCGCAGGAGGCUGCAACGUUCCUUGGUCAGGAUCAGCUCAGAAACUCCACUGGAACUUGUCCCUGUUGAAGCAAGUGUUACUUCCCCAUCGGCAGAUGUGCCGGCUGCUACUGAAACUCCUGUCUCAGAAACCCAGAACCAUGAUUCUACCAUAGCAUCUCCAGACAACUCAGACAUGAAACAGCCUGAGGUGCAGGAAGGCUCCAUGAUGAGGAGGACCAACUCAGACGUAGGUGCGGGAGGGUUGGCGUCCGUUUGUGCUCUGACUGCCUCUAACUCCUUCCCUUCCCUCUCCGACACUGUGCUGCGACAGCUGGGUGCUCUCAUGGACGAGGUCAGGCAGAGCAAGGAGGAAAACCAAAGUACAGAAACUGAUAUAGAGAGUAAGUUCACAUCACUAAUGUUAGCCUUCAAGACUGAUAAGUUAACACUGGAGCGAAGAACGGAACUGCAAAGAAGACUGAGGGACCAAGCGGAACAGAAUAUGGCAGCGGAACUUGCCAAACUCAAGCUGGCUAUACAGAUGUUGAGUCCUCUCUGCACGGACUCUGAGAAGAUCGAACUAUUGGAGAAAGUCAGUGAGCAGGCGGAUGCCCUUCACAAGUCCACUACGAGGGUAUCUACUUCAGCUGAGAUGUUUGGAGCUGUUCAACAAGAGAACCGGUUGUCCAAAGCUGUAGACAUUGUGUUGCGGCAUGUGGAGAACUUGAAACAAGCUUACGAGAAGGAGAGAACUGAACACGAGGAAACUAGGAAAAUCCUUUCGGACAACAAACUUCCAUCGAAUGCAGUUUUAAAGCUGCAAAACUCAAAACGCAGAGCGAGCAUUGCGACCUUAACUCGCGCACAGACAUCUCCUGACCCCAAUCGCAGCCCUUCGAUACCCGGGGAGAACCGAACAGUGAGUCGAGCAAGACUCGGCUCUCUGCCUCGGAAACUGUCAAACACAAUCCUAGAGGCAGAGCCGGAGGAGACCAGCAACAAGGAGACAUCAGCCGUUACCAACUCAGGGGGGAGCCAGCCGAGGGAUGUAGUGGAGGGGAGCAGUAUUAACACACGGACACUACAGCGCAAGCCGAGCCGCCAAGCCAUCUUAGAAGAGAGGAGACAAAGUUCCAGUCAAACACCGGCCGUGGUUGAGUCUGAGUCGGAAGAUGAAGGAUUGUCCAUGGAGCCGGGCAGUGACACUGAGACGCCCCCUCCUGUUGAUACAACACCUACCAUCAUUGUCAACAGGAGGGUGAGUCUACAGGCGCCAUGGCUGAGUGUUGUGAAGGACUGGGUACGUCCAGGCGAUCACACGUUGCUACAACUGAGGUACAGUGUCGCGGUGGCACUACUGGUGGCAGCUUUGGCCGUUUUCACCUCUACCUUCAUCCCUCGUAUCAGCUGACACCAACACAUCUUACUUUUAUGUUUCUUUGACUGUGGAAAAACUUAUGUGAAUGAAUGUGGUAAUUCUGAUAUUUUAACUAUUUGUUUUAUAGUGAACAAAUCUCUCAGACUCCUGAAAGUGCCAGUGAUUUUGCUAGACAUUGUUAAUGCUCAGUCUUUCUCCUUCGUUAAUUAAGAGAUAUUAUGUAAAUAAGAGUACUAAUUAAUAAUCUCUGUGUUUUAUUAAAAGUCUACAUCUUAAACCGU